AUGGACUGGCGCCUGUUCGCCGACGACGACGUGCCGCAGGGCUGUAAAAUUGGCGGGGUCGCGUACCGGGUCGGCAUCGCAUGGCUGAACCACGAGGACCAAGGCGUGCUGCUCACGUUUAGCGUCAACGCGCUGCUCGCCUUCUUCUCGCUCUUCGCCUACCACGUCUUUGCGCACCUGCCAAGUCUCAAGGCGGUCUUCGCGCCGCGGGUGCCGCUCGAGCAGGGCCCUCCCCCGCAUCCGCUCCACAUCUCGCGCGGGCUCUCUGGGCCGCACGAGGGCGAGCAGCUCGAGGCGACGAUGCUGCGCCGCUUCCUCAUCAUGAACCUGACGCUCUUCUGCGUCUUCGCCGCCACCGCGAUGCCCGCCCUCAUCCUCACCUACUCGAUCGACCCGUACGCCGGGCUCGACAUCCCGUUUGCUCCGCCGCCGCCGCCGCCGCAGAACCCCUUCCCGCCUCCCGCGUUGGGAGGAGCCGCGCCACCGGCGCCGCCGGGGAAGCCGCCGCUCUCGCCCGUGGUGCCGUGGCUGAGCGGCGCGCCGAUCUCGGGCAUCCAGUCCUUCUCGCUCGCCCACCUGCCUCCCGGCUCGCCCCGCUUCUGGGCGCCGGCGGCUUGCAUGCUGCUGCUGACUUCGGUCUUCCUCAUCCUCGCGCGGCGCGAGGCGGAGGUGUACGCGCGGCUGCGGUACGACUGGCUCGCCGCGCCGAGGCCGCACCUCCACGCCGCGCGCCUCGUGACGAGCCACUCGCUCAACGGGGCGGUCGCGCCCGCGGUGACGGCCGAGGACGUGUACGCGCUGCUCAAGCCGAUGUUCGGCGCCGACCUGCACGAGGUCAUCAAGGUGCCGCGCGAGGUGAACCAGUGGCGCCUGUCCGCGCUCGGGCUGCAGCCGCCGAGCCUCCAGGCCGGCGGCGGGGCGGACGUGCCGCUCCUGACGCAGUCGGGUCGCUCCUCCUGGUCCAUGGCUGCGGUCUGGAGCCUGGUCGUCGACCUGGCGCACGAGAUGCGGCUGCUCGCGACGGGCGAGCCGCGCGAGGCGGCACCCGCCCGGGGGGAGGGCUUGCCCGAGCCGUGCCGGAGCCGCCGCGUAGGCGAGGCGACCGAGACCUCCUUCAUCGACGCGCUCUGGUCGUCGCUCGUCACGCCGCGGCCGGUCGUCGUGUGCGCGUGGUCGGGGACGCUGCUGCUGUUCGCGCUGUGGAACGUGCCGGUCGCGCUCGUGCAGUCGCUCGCUUCCCUCGACUCGAUCACAAAGAUGCUGCAGGAGGCGCACCUCAAGGGCGCGGCGGGUAUGAUCCACAACCUCUCGCCCGCCACGCGCGCCACGCUCGAGGGCUGGAUGCCUGUCCUCGUCCUCACCGCGCGAGAGCGGCGCCGCGGCGGGCACGUGCUGGUGCUGCUCGGAUCGUGCGUGGUGGGGUCUCUCUUCGAGACCGCCAAGCUCAUCCUCAGCGGCGGCUACUGCACGCUGCUCGCGCUGCUCGGCCGCUCCGUCCUUCCCCUCUCGGUCGUGGGGGUCGCCAGGCUGUGCGGGGCGCGCGGCAAGGCGCUGAGCGGAAAGGCGCUCUCCGCGCUGCAGCGGCUCUACUACCCGAGCAUCUACGCGCGCGCGCUGAUGGUCCUCUCCGCCGCCUUCCUCUUCGCCACCAUCGCGCCGCUCAUCACGCUCGUGACGAUCGCGUGGCUGUACGCCGUCUCGCGCGCCUGGUCCUUCAACGUGCGGCGCGUCUACCUGCACGACCUCGGCGCCGACUUCGACUCUGGCGGCGCGUACUGGCCGGUGGCGAUGCGGCUCGAGACCUUCGCGCUGCUCACGGCGCAGCUGGUGCUCGUCGCGAUCCACGUGCUCAACUCGUGCUGGUACAGCGGAACCGUCCUCUUCGGGCUCAUGAUCGCCACGAUGGUGCGCGCCUCGCGCCUCCAGCGGCACUACAGCCCGCUCGCCUCGGAGCUGCCGCUCGAGCGGUGCAUCAAGGUGGACGCAUCCAUGGCCGGCGACACGUCGCCUGGCGCGCAGGCCUACCAGCUCGACUGGAUCCUUGCCGAGGCGUCUCGCGCGUACCGCACCUCCUUUGAAAACUCUUCGUUUCGCUCGGGGGACCUCCUCGCCGGAGGCCAGUAG